AGAGCACGCUAACGUUAGCGGAGCUCGCUGUCGCAUACUGUAUCCGUUCACCGCAAUCAUGAGCGAAGGAUGACAACUCAGCAUCAGCAAAGCAAAGACAAAGACUCGACUCUCCUGGCUCCAAAGACGGACAAAAGGUACUACGUGGGAGUAAAAGCGGAAGUAGUCGACAGCAGAAAUGUGACAACGCCGCAACGGAACCGGACAACAAGCGUCUCCUCCUAUGACACAUGCGACGACCCGGACGAGGAGAGCGAACGGUCGCUGGCAACUUCGUCCAGGGACAGCGCCGCCAGCCCGGAGGAGCUCAACGACGGAGGAGAUCCUCGCGAGGGCGACAAACGCACCAAGCAGUGCACUAUAGGGUGCACGGAGACCACAACGCAGGUGGCCAAGCAGAGGAAACCGUGGAGUGUGCAAAAAAAACACCGCCAAUAAGAUGGUGACAAAGACGAGAGUAUAUAGAAAAAGAAGACGACCAGGCCAUGUCCAGGUGGGAAACUUUGAUGUAAGGAGAACUCAGAGGAGCGACCUGUGUCUGUGAACAAACAGCGCAUGGGAGCCAUGGGGGACCGGCCAGCCAGACCCUCCCUGAUAGAGCAGGUCCUGAACCAGAAAAGACUGUCGCUGCUCAGGAGUCCAGAGGUGAUCAGCUUCCUACAGCAGCAGCAGCAGCUCCUGGCCACACAGGGACGCAGCCAGGCACAGCAGCAGUUCCAGGGCUGCUGACGUCGGCUGGUCGAUGUGUUUGUGAUAAAUAAGAGAACACUGAAGAAACACCGGCACACUAAAUGGAUAGUAACCGUACACUGUAAACAUGAAUUUCCCCAGCCAGACAGCCAUCCUGAGAAAGAAUAACAUCACAAUCGAGGGAUGUUUUAAUGAGACUGGUGGACUGAACUAAGUUGAACUCAUCUAAAUCCCUCAAACGGUGUGAAUUUCUUAAGUAGCAGACUGAUCAUGUAGUCAAACAAUGUCCGGUGCUGAUUAGGAAUUACAAUUUCAUGAAUACAAACCUACAUGUAUUUUAAUGUAUUUAAGUCUACUUAUUGUGAAUUUACUUUGUAGUUACUCUGUCAAAUCCCAUUCUCUCUGUGUCGUCUUCCUUCAUGUGGCAAUAUUAAUGAAGGUACUGGAUUAUGAUUGACAUUAAAGUCAUUACAGUUGUGUGUCUGAGUAUCGCUUAUGUGAUACUUUUUAGGCUCUUUUCUCUCUAAUGGAUUAUUGAUCUUCCUUGUGUUUGUAACGUUUUCUCUUGUCCAUACGACAAUCAUGUGUGUGAUGCAUGUCUGUAACCACUUUUCAGUCAAGUGGGGCCUUCAGGACUUGUUUUUAAACACAUUUUAUAUCCCUGUUCAUUCACCUGUUGUGAAUCUGUUGCACAAAAAGGAACACAACUGGUGCGAUAAAUAUUGGUCAUGCUAGUUCUGUUGGCUUUGUGCUGAAAAGUGGCACAGAGAAGUCAUGUACUGUGUGUUUAAGUGGAAGUGUAUAUCUCCUACUGUGAUUGUGAGAGUAAAAUAUUAUGCUAACAUUGAAAAAUUGAAAACUUAA